CGAGAACCCCCUCCACCGGCGCCGUCGCCGCCACCGCCACCGCCUUCCCCUCGAUCGCCGGAGCGGCGAGCCCACGGCGGCGAGCGCCGCAGCCAUGUCGCGGGCUCUCCUCCCGCGCGGCAGCAUUCUACUCGUCCUUCGACCGCGAGUCCCGUCCACACCCCACCGAUGCUUCGCGAUUGGGGCGGCGGCGGCAGUUGACGGCGGCGAGACGUGGCGGGGGCAACUCCGGCAGGGGGAGGGGGAGGGGAGGAGCAGGGCGGUGAAGGUGUCGGUGUGGUGGGACUUCCAGAGCUGCCACCUCCCGCAGGGCGCCAACCCGUGCCGCGUCGCCACGCGCGUCACGGCGGCGCUGCGGGACGCCGGCAUCCGCGGCCCCGUCGACAUCACCGCCUUAGGCGACGCCUACAUGCUCCCCCGCGCCGUCCAGGAGGCUCUCGCCGCCACCGGCGUCGCCUUCUCGCACGUCCCUUCCAGUGGAAAGGGCGGUCCCGACCAAUUGUUCAUGGCUGAUCUGACCUAUUGGAUUGCUCAGAAUCCUCCACCGGCCCAUUUCUUCCUUAUAUCUGGCAACAAAGGCCUUGCAAACAUUCUGCAUCGCCUCCGGAUGAGCAAUUAUAAUGUACUGCUUGCCUGCCCCAGUGCUGACUCUAGUGUAUUGUGCAGUGCAGCAACGAUUAUGUGGCCAUGGGAUGCUUUAGUUAAAGGGUUGGAUUUCUCACCAAAACAUUUUAACCAACCACCUGAUGGUAUAUCCUUUUCUUGGUACGGUCACUAUAGGGGACCCCUUGAUGACUUGUUCUUGAACUCAGAGUCAGAUGACUCUAUGGCAGAGUCAGAGGACUCCCUGGCAGAGUCAAGGGACUCCAAGGCUUUUCAACCACAUACCAAGUCAGUGAAACCACCUAUUUUACCCAAAUCUGUGGCCAAUGGGGUUAGGCAAGUACUGUACUCCUUUCCUGAAGGUAUCAGUCUUCCAAAUCUUCGAGCAGAGCUUAGAAAGAAUCAUGUGUUCAUGGAUAAAGGAUUAUUUGGCUUCAAAAACUUCUCUUCUCUUCUCCAAGCCAUGCCUGAUGUUGUGAAGUUUAUAGAUCCUCUACCAGGUGAAAGAAACCAGCCUGCUGUGGUUGGGGUUUCCAAGAGAUCAAUGGAGCCUGCUGAGCAAAUUUACAAGGGAAAGAGUUCUGCUCAAAGCAGUGGUGAGUUCAAACGCCUCGUUCAGACUCUUAAUGAGAAACCACCAUCAUCACAUGUCCCAUCUUCUUCAUCAGAUAUUUUAUCUGCGGACCGCAAGAAAGUUCUAGCAGUUGAUGCCCCAUCUUCCCAAUCUGACUUGUUAUCUAGGAACCAAGAGAAAGCUCCCCCUGUUGAUUUGACUACACAACCUGAAACACCUGCAAGCUGUAUGGAAGCUGAUGUGGAGAGUGUUGCUGGAGCUUCUGCCUUUACAGGAGAGCAAAUUACUGUUGACAAAAAGGGGCUAUUUGAAAGGAUUUGUGUACUAUGGAAUGAUACAGAGCCUGUUAAGCCUAUGCUUUCUCCGUCUCAAGAUGAUACCCAUUCUAAAGGCUCCAAUGAUUUACUAACUCAGUAUGCCAAUAGUAACGAACAUAACAGUCUUUUGACAAGGACCUUGAAGAUCUUUUCCACAACUGACAAUUCAGAUGGAGACAAUGUUGACAGCACUUCAGCAAUUAGCAGCAGUUUCUCAAAUAUGACUGCCAAUGACCAUUCGGACAAAUUAAAUGUCAAGGAGAAUGUAGGGAAUACGAUCAUCCAUUCUAGUAGAUCAGUUGACACGAGCAACGCUGAACAUAAAGUUGGGUUUAUAGAAAAAAGCAAAGGAAUAUUUAGCUGGGCUGCAAAGUGGUGGGCGUCUGGAAAACCAGACACAGAUGACAAUUUAAGUUCAGUACAUAUCAAUGAUGGAACAAGGGAAGAAUCAGAAAAAGAAUCUGCAUUUGUAAAGACAGCUGCUACUGCAAGUGAACAGCAAGUAGGAGUUGAACUGUUCAUGAAACCUUACUUCUGGGAUGCACUACAGCAAUAUUUGUCUACCCCUCAUGGAUCAGAUCUUGUUUCAAAAGCAAAGACAAGGGAGGAGUUAGCGCAUGGACUACAGAAGCAAGGCCAUUGGCCUCUAAAAAGCCUUGGUGGGAAACACCACCACCAAUUAGUAGAUUUGCUUAUCUCAGAAAAGCAAUGGAUCAAAGAAUCUUCAUCACAAACGUCUCCUUUUCGACUUGCCCUCCCCCAGAGAAGAGCUCGUUCUCCACUACUUUCAUUUUUUACGAAUGGAAGGCCAUCAGGCCAGCGUAAACAUGUCGAUGACAGAAGCCCAACUCUGUCUAGAACGUCGGUCCAUGUUUUACCUACAAAAAAUGGGAAGGGUCAGGCCAGCUGCAAGAGCAAUGAGAAUCAAAGUAAGAGUGAUGACUUUUUGGAGAAAGAGCUUGGUCCAGUAUCUGACAGUGGUAAACCAUAUCGACAAAAUGAUAAAGCAGUCCGGCAUCAUCCUCCUACCUGUUCAGAUGAUGAAUUUUCUGAUGAUGAAAAUCAUGAGGUGGUCCAAGAGGCUGGGAGAGAUGCAGCACAAAGUUCACUCUUCAAAAUUAUUGAUUCGUGGAACACUAGUAAGACUAUUUGUUCUAGCAAGAAACAGCACGGCAUUGGUGGUAUAGUGGACUGCUCUAGAAUCAACAGAGGUAAUGGUGGUGACAAUUCGAUCACAGAAAAUGCAGAAAAGGCUACAAGCUUAUCAAAACAUUCUUAUAUGACCUCAGAUUCAGAUUCAGAUUCAGAUGAAGAGAAGUUAUUCAACAGUGUCUUGGGCAGUCUGCAGAAUGCAAAGAACUCAAGUUUGCCCGGUUGAAAUGAUGUAUGCAGUCAUACUAACCCCAUGAACUCUUCUGUAAUCAAUUUGGUUCCAUACCAUCAUGUGAUAAUUUGAUCUUUCUGCCAUUCUGGGCUAGGUGGAGGCGUGGAGCAGCUUGAGGAUGCUUUAGAAACAUCUUCCCAAGCUCAGUUAGAUUUAUGAAGAUCACGUUACAGUAGAAUGUUCUGUUUAUUUUUUAUUUUGUUGGAGAGGAAUCCUCAUAUUCUUUUGAGAUGCUAAGGUUUGUGCUGGUGUAGUUAAUUAGUUCUGGGCAUCCUUAAUUACCGGAAAUUGGUAGGGGUAUUAGGGUAUAUGUCGAUCUGACUUUGCCUACCGUUA